AACUUGUCUAUAGUUCAAGAAUCCCCUAUUUGAGAUAUUUAUCUGUGCCAACACUACAAAUAAUUUGUACCACUUAUCUCCACAAAGAAAAAUAAUUACAUAUUAUUGUUUAAAAAUAUACAAAAUUUAUUUCUAGGAAAUAAAUAUCUUCGAAUAAAAUCCAACAUUCACACAAAGAUGGCUUCAAUUAUUUUAUAGGUAUACGAUGACGAAAAGGACAGUUCUGAAUGAGUUGUACAAGGGUUUGGUGGAGGAGAUGCACAUACCGGCUGAUCUGCAUGAGCGAGACGGCAAGAAGUUUGCUAGCUUCGGCUCUGUACUUCCUAUUCACUGUGCCACGCCAGAACAGGUAGAACAGAUGUCGCGGAACACGCACCACUAUUGCGACGUGUUCACACCGGACCUGCUCGCGCCGCUAGAGGACCUCGCCUUCGUGCGCCUCGACGAGAACACCGCCGAGAAGGUGUUCCUGAACCGCAGCAAGCGUAUCCUGCUGGUGUCGAGCGACGGGCGGCUGGCGCAGUGGCGCGCUGCGCCCAGCUUCGAGUCCGCCAACCGCUACGUGGGCGGCGCGCCGCUCGUCACGCGCGCCGGCGCGCUCGCCUCCGUGCUCACCGCGCGCCUCGGACACCACUACGCCGUGUCCGCCUUCGAGGGCGACGGUGGUUAUUUUGAAACUUCUAAGUCUUGGGAGUUCGUCGACCUUGAGGAGGGCAAGUCCUACUACGGCGAUAAAGGCUUUAAGACAAGGGAAGAGUUGAAUCAAUAUGUGGAAAGCCUUCCACCCGUAGAAGUGAAUUCGACUUCUCCUCCGAGGCCCGUUCUGCUGAGAGGCAAGAUAUCUAGGGUAGUUCUAAUGGCUCAGAACGGAAGACAGCUGUCCCAUCAUUACUUGAGUGGGGUUUUGGCGAAUGAUGUUGAAUAUUUGUAAUGAUUUAUAUUUAAAACCUAAAACGCGAAACCCUUAAGUACGCUAUGCAGACACUUAAUGAUACCACACUAUAUAAGUUUAAAAUAUUGAAUUGAUUCAUAAAUAAAAAAAAAAUCUUUACAAAAGAUAUCAAAUCUAAAAUUCUCGACAAGAUGA